AUGAAGGUUCAGACGGCGACUUUCGCCGCUUCGGCCAUCAGUGGCGUCGUUCUGUUGGUAUGCAUGCUGUUCAUGUACAGCAUCCACAUCGACCUCAGCUCCACCUGGGAUGAAUUCGAUGUCGAGAUGGACUACUUCAAAGUCACUACUGACGAUUUGUGGAAGGACAUGAUCUACGUUGCCCAGAAGGUCAACCUGAACCGUCACAAAAGGCAAUACGAAGGCGCACGAAGUGGAUACGAUGAAGGGAAAGGUCCAGUUGGACCAUCAGGACAAUCCGGAGGCUAUGAGGAGGGAGGGCGGAGACCUGGAGGCAACCCACCGGCCACUCCAAGUGCUGCUCCGCCAGCUGGUCCAGCUCCCAGCGAUCAAUGUGCAUGCAAGUCCGGAGCGGACAACAAAUGCCCUCCGGGGCCGCCAGGUCCUAAGGGCGUUGCCGGUGCUCCAGGACUUCCAGGAGUUGACGGAUUAGAUGGAAUUAACGGAAAGGACGCGGAUGAUGUCACGCCUGAAAGCCAAGACACUGGAGCCUGCUUCAAUUGCCCAGCUGGACCUCAAGGACCUCCGGGUCCAUUGGGAAGACCCGGAAUGCGAGGAAUGAAAGGAGCUGACGGACAGCCCGGACAGCCAGGAAAAGAUGGGCAACCCGGCUCUCCAGGUGAGCAAGGACCUCCUGGACCCGCUGGACAUGAGGGACCACCAGGACCUCCAGGAGAAAAAGGUCUUGAUGGAAGACACCCAAUUGGAAGACCAGGCCCUAAGGGUCUUCGAGGACCUCGUGGAGAAGCUGGGCCAGCCGGAAACGCCGGAAAAGACGCUCCACCAGGACCGGCCGGACCAAAGGGACCACCUGGAGGUCCAGGACCUCAGGGUCCAAUUGGUCCUCCAGGCCCCGAAGGUAGUGAGGGACCCAUUGGAAGACCCGGAAAGGACGCCGAAUACUGUCCAUGCCCUCCAAAGACUGGCGCUGGAGCAUUCGGAGGCGAUGCGCGAGACAGUGGAUACAGAAGAUACUAA